CGUUUUCAACAAUUUUAAUAACAAAAUUGAAUUCCGGAGCAGAAGACAAAAACAGGAGCGCAUUUUGGCAGUGCGCGCUCGUCACAAUAAUGGCAUUUCGUAUUUUACGUGUUUAUGGGCAAAUAACCCAAUCAUUUAAAAAUGUACAUGGCUCGGAACUUCGGUCACCGAAUUCUAUAGUGAAAUCAGCGCAUUUAUUAGUACCUCAUUUACCUAUAAAAUGCCCUCAACGUACAACUGCCUUCUUCACAAAAAACACAGGAGAGACUUUGUGGAAAUCCGUAACUAGUGUAAGCAAUGCAGGAAAAAGGCGAGGUAGAGGAAGAGGAGUAAAGUUAAGGAAAAAUUUAAACAUAGGCCAACAAAUAGGAAUGGGAAAAAUCAACAUGUUAUGGCCCGGAUUAACUAGUCCAAUCAUACAAGGAAAAUCCCUCAUUCAACAACAGCGAUUGCCAGAUGAUCCAGAAUAUGAGAAAAAACUAAUAGCGAUCAGAGAUGCAAGUGGUCGAUUCAAAAAAUAUAAACAGCAUCCUCUCGAAAGAGGCUGGACGAGUGCGAAAAUGGGAGGAAGGAGUAUUGGUCCUCCUGAUCCAGUAGGCGAAGAUAAGUUCGAGGGUUUCGACACGAAAGUCCUCGAGCACAAAAUUGUUGGUCACAUGACCGGUAAUUUGGGAAGAGUGAGAACUUUCUCGUGUUUCGUGAUCACCGGAAAUAAAAAUGGAUUUGGAGGAAUCGCAUUGGGAAAAGCAUCUGAUAGUGCGACGGCAAUAAGAAAUGCGAAAAAUAGCGCUGGAAAAAAAUUGUUUUACAUUAACAGAUAUCAGGGCCAUACUGUUUUCCACGACUUUCACACUCGGUUGGGAAACACGAAAAUAUUUGUGACACAGAAAUAUCCUGGAUAUGGUUUGGUUUGCCAUCGUGCAAUUAAAUGCAUUUGUGAAAUUCUUGGCAUAAAAGAUCUUCACGCAAAAAUUGAAGGAUCUACGAAUGUUCAGAACGUUACGAAGGCCUUUCUGAUUGGAUUGUUGCGUCAGAAAACGCAUCACCAAUUAGCAGAAGAGAAACGCCUCCAUGUGGUUGAAUUUCGAAAAGAAAAUGGAUACUUUCCUCAGGUCGUGGCUUCGCCCUCCACUUUGAGAACAGAUUCUGAAAUUCCUUCAACUGAAUUAAUAGAUUUCACCCAAUACGUGAUGGACGGAAAAGUGGUAUUAAAAAAGAAAAGAAACCCUCCGUUUUACACAAGAGAACCAGGUUGGGUGCGACAUUUGAGAAAGAGGGAAAAAUUAAGGCAUCAAGGUGACGCGAGGAUACAAUUGAGGGCGGAAUAUGGAGAAGUGAGGAGUUUUCUCACCGAAAAAUAUCCCGAGGCAAAACCAAAACUAUGGAAAAAGGUCAGGGAAGAAGUAGUUGAAGAUAUAGACCAGUGAUUUUAUUUAAAAUAUAAUAUAAGUUGUUAAUAAUGUCUGCUGAUUUUUCUUAAAGUGAUAAUUUCUUGGAUUAAAAUAAAAUUUUGUUCAAACAAA